GGUAGUUAUUCAAUCCUGUGUAAAUGAUGUCUAGCAUGUAAUCCUUUUUUUUUUUUUUGCUUUCCUGUUUGCUGGUAAGAAUUUGUGCAUGCAGACAUAAAAAGCAGGAGAGAAGCUGUUGCCUAGGCAGGAGGCUCUAAUGAGGAACUGCACCCCUGGGAGCUGAAAUCUGAAGCGGAGUAAGAUCGCCUUUCAUUCAUUUGCUUCCCCCGUUCCCCUCUGUCAAAGACUGGCCUAGGCAGGAGCUGUCCAUGGUACUGGAAUGCAGUCUGAGAAGGCUGGUGAAUGUUGACAGAUUGCAACCCAGACAGAGAGAGAGCGCUAAAAAGGGAUGAGAUUUGCUUCGCCGUUGAAGGUAGGCUUGCUCUUUGUCUCGUGUUUUACAAUUACGAAUCCCUGAUUAAUCUGCUGCUGCAGCUUUGACAGACUGAGGCAGCUAAAGAUUGCAAGCCUGCCGGAGGUGGUCACAGGAGAGAGAUGAUGCCACAAGCCAGGCGGCUCCCAACCUUCUGUAUCUAAGGGGCAUGAGGAAGCAUCUUUCUUGAAAGUAGGUCUCGCCACUACCAUGUGCAAAUGAAGCUUGCGAAUGAGCCUGAUGUGUCUGCAUUAGGUUGUGUUGUUCUGUGCUGUGUGGUAAAGUGGAUAAAAAAAGCAUACAGCUUCCUCUUUUCUGGACAUCCAGGCAAGGUACAAUUUGCAGCUGCCCCUUGUCUCUUUUCUCUGUGAUGGGGGAUUAAAGAAGCACUGUUUGGUUCCAUUACACCAUUGAAAUCUUUUGCAACCAAUUUGAAAAGGAAUUGCUUUGCAGACAUGAAGAUGGUUACAGUCAAAUUAACACUAAUAUGGGAUUCCAAGGAGCUGCUCCAAGCCUUUUCUGUAUGAACACAUGACCCCAAAAGUGAAGAAUAUUUAUUUUUGAGCCAUUAACUGGCCUGUUUGUUAUGGUGCUGAAAUCUACCUUUUUACAUGCACUGAAGUUAACUGCAGAAAAGGGCUUUGCUAAGAAGAAAUUAACCAGCUUACUUCACAAAGCUAGAUUCAGCAUUUUUUUGAAGCACUUUCUGGUUGCCUUUGAGAAACAAUGAAUUCAAAAGAAGAAGAAGCCACUUUAACUCGAUUUUUCCAGUACGUUGAAGACAGAGGACUCAGAGCAUACGAUGGUUUGGUUAUACAGAAUGCCUCAGACAUUGCCAGGGAAAAUGACCGAAUGAGGAAUGAAACCAACUUAGCUUACCUGAAAGAGAAACAUGAGAAAAAGCGGAGGCAGGAAGAAGCAAUAAAACGCAUCGGGGAGGACGUUGCAAGAGGAGGCGAUGGUGGCUAUGUGGGAAAGCAUUUCCGAAUGGGAUUUAUGACAAUGCCUGCCCCACAGGACCGACUACCGCACCCUUGCGGGGUUGGGUUUUCUGUUAGGUCACAGUCUCUGCACUCAGUUGGGGGUGCAGAUGAUGACGGUGUCAAUUCACGCAAACAGCCUCCCCCCAAACCCAAACGGGACCCCAGCACUAAGUUGAGUAGUUCCUCAGAAACUGUCAAUGCUGGGACAACGUGUAAAGCAUGGAAGGAUUUGGAUAAACAUGACGGUCAGGACCCCCUUGAAAGUGAUCCGCGAGACUCAAUGGCAUCAAUGAAACCAAGGCCAUAUAGUGAUGAAUAUACAAAGAAAAUCCCCCCACCGAAACCCAAAAGAAACCCAAACACACAGCUGAGCACGUCUUUCGAUGAGUCGUACAUCAGGAACCACUGCUCCAUGAAGUCAUCAAAGAGGGAAAAGUCUUCUUCACAGACACACAGUCCAGCCCAAGACACUGACGAGGAUGAGCCUGUGUACAUUGAAAUGGUGGGAAAUAUACUAAGAGACUUCAAGAGGGACAACGAGGACCAAAGUGAAGCAGUCUAUGAGGAAAUGAAGUACCCUAUAUUUGAUGACCUGAGCCAGGACUCCAAGUGGCCCAUUAUUUGCAAUUAUGAAAACGUUAGCUGUACUACUCCUACAGUGCCUGAUCUGGAAUUAAUUAAAUCCAUGGUGCCAUCAGCUCCGAAGGGCAUGCUUUGUGAAAUCCCAGCCCCAUUUCCAAAUCUACUGUCCCACAGACCGCCACUGCUGGUUUUUCCACCUGCACCGGCGCAGUGUUCUCCAAACUCGGAUGAGUCUCCUUUGACCCCUCUGGAAGUCACCAAGCUGCCCGUUCUGGAAAACGCUCCCUAUAUAAAGUCUGGAGCUUCUCCAUCUUCUGCAUCCCCUCAGACCUCCAUCCACCACAAAAUAGAGAAAGAGCUGCCUGUGACGCACAUCAGCACAGCUUCUGGACGCUCGUCUGCCCCGCCGCUUCCGUCAAACUUGUACAAAUCAUCGGCUUCAGCUCACGGAUAUCCCAGGAGCCACUCAGCUUGCCCGUCUCCUGUGAGCAUGGGGAGGUCUCUAACUCCCUUAAGCCUCAAGAGACCCCCGCCCUAUGAAUCUAUACAUUCAGGGAGUAUCCCCAGAAGCUACUCUUCAGUGCCUCACUCGUCAAUCAAGAACACUUCACAGGAAGGGACGAAACUGGCAAACUCCUCCUCCAAUUCACAUGGCUCCAUGCAAAAUGUGUCCCGAUCAAGAACACCUACAAGUCCUUUAGAUGAACUAGCAAGCCUUUUUACCUCAGGGCGGAGCCUUUUGAGGAAAUCUUCCAGUGGCAGGAAAUCCAAGGAGUCUGCAGAGAGUGAAGCAAAGAGCAGAAGCCACAGUACUGAGCCUCUUCUCAGGCAUGAGAGCAAAGAUAAAGUGGGUCACGGGACCAUGAGAGAGCAGAAGGCGGCCCACGAAUGGGAUGGUGAGCCUGAACAACCAGCAACAGCAGCAUCCGGUCGGUUGGGGAGAUCAUCUGUCAGCCCAACUCUAAUGUUAGGAAGCAGCAGUUCAGAAUCGAAAGCAGUUUGCAAGCUAGGUCGAUCUGCAUCCACCUCAGGUGUGCCUCCACCCUCCGUCGCCCCCUUCAGGCAAGGCAGCGAGAUGCAACAGAGCCAGGUAGCACAUAUGCAAUGGGUAUACGGGGACAACACCAUGAUGGAAAUGAUAGAGAAGAAGCGCUGUCUGUGCAAAGAGAUCAAGGCGAGACAGAAACCUGAUAAAGGUAUUUGUAAACAGGACAGCAUGCCUAAUCUGCCAAGCUGGAAAAAGAACAAUGGAAGCAAGAAGCACAGUCCUCCCCCCUACACCACACAAACUACUGUGUUCUGGGACACGGCCAUCUGACAAAGUCCUGGAUGGAACAUAUUCUCCUUAGUUGCAACCUUUGACCUGUGCAGGUAGAUCAAAGGCUUCCUUAAUAGGGUGACAGUUGUGACCUAUGGCUUCACUAUCGGAACUAGGCAAUGCAGAAGAAAACCGGGGUGUUCAAAAAUGUAGCAAAUGUAUACA